ACUGCUGGGCUUCGGCUGCGGGGAUAAAAGAAAAGUUUGGGAGGUUUUUAGCUCGUUAUGAAACCUCAGAGCCGAGCAGGAUCUCAGCUAGCCGUUGUUAGCCGGGACUGCACCUGCUCUAGGAGGCGUCGCUUAUCUCUGUUUGCAUCGCUUUGUGUUUUAGUGGAAGGUUUGAUACAUUAUGCAGGUGACACGCGGUAUGUUUGGUGCUAACCGGAAGAAGUUUAUGGAGGGAGGGAUAGAGAGUGACUACCCGGACGACUCCAGUCUCUACUACAGCCAGCAGUCCAUGUUCCCUCCUCACCGUGCGGACAAAGACAUGUUGGCGUCUUCCUCUGCCUCCUCUACGGGUCAGCUGUCACAGCUCGGAGCCAGCCUGUAUGGCCCGCAGAGUGCAUUGGGGUUUCCCAUGCGAGGCAUGAACAGCAGUGCAGCUCCUCCAUUGAGUCGCAGCGGGUUGAACCAGUCUGCUGGUCAGCUCUCCAGUACGCCCAAUGCUGGCUCGAUGCACACGCCCCCCUCACCCAGCAGGGGAAUACUGCCCAUGAGCAGCCGGAGCGUGCUCAAUCACAACCAGCAGGUGGGAGGUCCGACGGGGCAGUCAGGUGGGAUGGGAGGCGGAGAGCGUGGAGGUGGAGGAGGGAGGAGCGGCAGUAUGGGGAGUCCCAGCCGGUCGUCACCCAGCAUCAUCGGGAUGCCCAAACAGCAACAAGCGCGGCAGCCGUUUACCAUCAACAGUAUGUCAGGGUUUGGGGUGAACAGGAAUCCAGGCUUCAUGAACAACUCGCUAUCCAACAACAUCUUCAAUGGCACAGACGGCAGUGAGAAUGUGACGGGGUUGGACCUGUCGGAUUUCCCGGCAUUAGCUGACAGGAGUCGGAGGGAUGGAGGUUCGAAUCCCACCCCACUGCACAACCCGCUGACCGGUCGAGCUCCCUACGUUGGCAUGGUAACCAAGCCGUCCAGUGAGCAGUCGCAGGACUUCUCCAUUCACAACGAAGAUUUCCCAGCUCUCCCAGGGCCAAACUACCAAACAAAAGACCCCACCAGCACCAACGAAGACAGCAAAACGAAUCUGAACUCAUCGGGAAAGCCAGCCUCUAACUCAGAUGGUCCAAAGUUCCCCGGCGAUAAGAGCUCCGCACCGAGCAACAACAACCAGCAGAAGAAAGGGAUUCAGGUGCUUCCUGACGGGCGAGUGACCAAUAUCCCUGUUGGCAUGGUAACAGACCAGUUUGGAAUGAUUGGCCUUCUGACGUUCAUCCGGGCGGCGGAGACCGACCCCGGCAUGGUCCACCUGGCACUGGGCUCAGACCUCACCACACUUGGCCUCAACCUCAACUCGCCUGAGAAUCUCUAUCCUAAGUUUGCGUCUCCGUGGGCAUCGGCUCCAUGUCGACCGCAGGAUAUAGACUUCCACGUCCCCUCAGAGUAUUUAACCAACAUCCACAUAAGGGACAAGGUACCUCCUUCACAAGACACCCCAAAGUUGGCAGCUAUCAAGUUGUCUCGGUAUGGUGAAGAUCUGCUGUUUUAUCUCUACUAUAUGAACGGAGGAGACCUCCUACAACUGCUGGCUGCUGUAGAACUGUUUAACAGGGACUGGAGGUAUCAUAAAGAGGAGCGGGUUUGGAUCACUCGAGCUCCGGGGAUGGAGCCCACGCUGAAGACCAACGCCUAUGAGAGAGGGACCUACUACUUCUUCGACUGCCUCAACUGGAGGAAGGUGGCCAAGGAAUUUCAUCUGGAAUAUGACAAACUAGAAGAGCGACCUCACGUUCCCUCCACCUUCAACUACAAUCCUGCCCAGCAGGCCUUCUGAUUGGCUGUCUCUCCUACUGCCUGCCUGCCAUUGGCCCUCCUGACCCCAUUAGGUUUUUCCACCUGCACACACUGAACGGGGAGGACAUCCCGGCUCCUGUCCUCCUCUCUGAACAGACUUCAUCCUUUUAUUUUUUUCAGAUUUUUGUUCCUUCUUUACCUCAUCAUCGUUAUUAUUAUUUUUUUUAAAUUCCCCACUUCUCCAUCAGUUUGAUUUGGCUGGUCUGUGAAGUGGACCACAGACUCGAUGCACAGACACAAGCACUGCAAAGUGUCCAUCUGAUCGAGUGACUCAUGUUUCUGCUCAGUCUUAAGAAUCGACUAUUUUUGUCUCCAGAAGCUUUUAAGAGAAACCAGAUUUUAACACAGGAAGUGAUCACCUUUCAGGAUGGAUAAUUAUUUCCCACUGUGUCGCACCUCUCUGAAACCUGGCAAUAUCUGUCACCCAUGCUCUUUUAUCAGGUUUAUCCCCCAGCAUUACAAACCAGAGCACAUCAUCAGACAGUAAGGAGAACAUGCAAUGUACAUUGUAGCACUAUUUCAUAAUAAAAGAGGAAAAAAUAUCCUUUUUUUUCCAUUUGGUUCCUUUGUGUUAUAAAGCGGGUUUAAUUUAAACAGACAGGUGAGAGUGCAGCAGGUGAUUUCAUACUGCAGGGAGGUCUUUCACAGGUGGACACAUUCCUUUUAUCCCUCAAGGAAAAGUCUUUUAUACAUAUUUCACCAUCUGCAGUUAUUUUUUUUUCUCCUGAGUUGGCAGCCUGUUUAAAAGUGAAAAAGAAAAAGACAUUAGGUUUUGUUUUUUUGUUUUUUUGUUGUUUGUUUUUUUUUGUCAUUUGAAAGACAGAAAUCUGAGGUGGUAUUUAAGAAAACAGAUUUGUCUUUCUGGAUGAUAAUGGCGUUAAAUCUGAAAUCUGGUGAAUGCUAUUUCAGAUUUAUCUACUACAAAUCUUCAUGUUUUAGUCAAGUCUGAAAUUGUUUCCAGCUUUUUCAAGAUGGAGAAAAAAAAAGAAGUUUUUUUUUCUUUUUUUUUAGAUUUUCCUCCUUUGUGUCAGAUCUUAUGUUAGUCCAUGCAGAAGUCAGCUUUGGUUUGGUGAAAUAACUGACACUUGCCAUAUAAGAACACUUUUUAAAAAUAAUUUUGAGUUUUGCUGCCUCAUAAUCGGCCUUUGGGGGUUCACACCAUGGUAAACAUGGCUUUUCAGUACAGCAAAGGGACUGAGUUUGUCUUGCUUUAUUUGAAUAGAAAUCAGCGCACUUUUCUCAAGUUCUCGUUGAUUAGAUAAUCAGAAAACGUCUGCUAUGUCUAAAUAAAUAAAACCCCAGUUCAGAUUCUCUUGGUUCUGGCUAAAACCUAAUCAGGAGGCACCAAUCACUACCCUGACCUUACAGCUACAAAGACGUUGGGAUGAUGAUGCUAAUGUUGUCUGUCGUUCUCUGUUAGCCUGUCCAGGGUUUAAUCUCCCAGCUUAUCCGACUGUCAGUUUAUCCUGAGGAUAAGUGGCCAUAAUAAUUAAUGGGAUGGAUUUAUAGUUGGAUAGCUGCACCUAUUUCUACUCUCCUACUAGCACCUGCGAUCUGUUUCAUAUUUUAAUUGUUAUUCUUGCUAAAAAUGAGGCAAAAUUUUGACUUCUGCCUGGAGAUCAAAAACUCAAACUCUGCUGCCUGUAUCCACUUAUAAAGAUUACAGUUACUUGCUGCACUGAAAGCCCCCAACAGUGAGUCGCACAGUUUCCCACCGAGCGGAGGUCUGUACUGAAAGGCAGAACCUGGGGUUUAUUGAGGUAGCUUCAGGUAUAACCCCGGGUGCUCCAUCAGCACCUGUAGAAAGCUCCACCUGCUGCUUUUCACCUGUUUUAUGUUAAUUUUUGUUAACACUGUUUUCUGCUUCUCAAACUUCUUAUUUCUUCACCUUUAACAUUAUUUUCUUUUUAUCUUCCUCGUUUUUUUUUUUUGUUUUUUUUUCUUAAAUUUUGUCCCAAGUCUGUUUUCUGCCCGGUAACAGUCAAACCAAUCGGUUUCUCAUGACACCACCACCUUGCUUGUAAGCUACAGCUGGGAGAUAAUUAGCAUCAUUAGCAAAAACACUGGAAGUGGACACUGGCAGCCCAGCUCUCAUGGGUCUGUUUAGUUUAAUCUGCUGCAUACACGUUGUGUUGGGACCAGUUAAAACUAUACUCUGAUAAUUUUGAUUUUUACUCUUUUUAAAGCUGCUUAAACAAACAUACCAUCCUAAUCGUGAGGUGCUUUUCUUGUGGGCAGACCUAAGCUACCUGUUAAAGCCCAUUCAAUCUUUAUGCUAAGCUAAUUAGCUCAUAGCUGUAGCUUGAGAAAGUUUCAAAAAUCAACUUUGAAAGUUUUUUUUAUUUAAAAAAAAAAAAUCAUCCCCAAAAGUUUUUUUUUUUUAAGGCUUUGAAUUUUUCAUAUCUUUAACCACCAGGAGGCACCAAUGUCCAGUUAUGUAUAUGUAUUUUAAAUAUGUAUACAUAAAAGUGAGGCAGUAUUUUUAUGGAAAACGAAAAGGGGUCAAAACAGAAAAGAAACCCCUCCCUCUUCAGCUGGCCACCACUUAACGAUGCAAUACUCCACUUCCUGUCAUGGAGACGGUUUCCAGGGGACCACGCCCGACUCCGCCCACCUACUAGCAACAACAAUCACUGGGGGAGGGGAGGGGCCAGCUAGUUCACACUGCAGCAGCAAAGCCAAGGACACGCCCACAGACCUGUGUGACCUGUCUGAGGAGUUUUGAUUGGAGGAUGAGGACUGAGGCACUUGGCCGUUGGCUGUUUUAUUAAAUAUGGCAGCUAGUGUUUUAAUAGAAAAAGAAUAAAAUAAAUAUUCUGGUAAUGAAACUGAAA